GGAAAAAAUGCCUUGUUCAGUGGUGACGGUUUCUUGGAAUUCCCAUCAUCGACCAUGCGAGGACCGAGGUGAGGUUUUUUCUUUGGUGUUCAGUGAACCUUCUGAGACAACAUUUCUCAGCAUCAGGAGAGUUUUACGACUGUCAUAAUAGAAAAUGAGCGCCCAAGUUAUUUCCAUCCUGGUAUUUUAUAGCCGAAAUAUCUUAUAUUCCACAGUGUUUACGGCUUUGAGUAUGCAUGCGUCCAUUUUUUUUUACAGAUCGACAACACCUGACUAUAUGUCACUUGAGAUAAAAACAGAAGCUCAAAAUGGUGUAAUCCUAUGGCAAGGAGAGGUAAAUUAGAGUGUUGUAAUGAGUUCGGCCGACAGAGAUUGAUUAUAACUCAUGCCUGAUAAUCCGAUGACCAGAAAAGACAUCCAUCUACUUUGUCACAUUCUGUUCUGAGCUUUUUCUUAGUUAUUAAAAGAUUGUAAGAACAAAACCUUUUUCCAAAACACUUCCGUAUCUCUUUGCCAACACGUUCUUAUAUAUUUCACACACACAGGCCCCUUGCAUUACGAACAGUUCCCUUGAUCUGUAAGGUUUUAAGCAACAUAAAUAGAUACCUCAUGUUCUCACCUGGAUCAAUUAGGUGUCCCUAUGAAAAAUUUUUCUUCUUGCUCCUUUCAGAGAAGAGACCACUUUGCAAUCGGAUUAAGAGACGGAUUUCUGGAGUUCAGGUAAUUAUUUUAGGACUCUUGACGGUCCAACAACUGGUCUUUUUCUAAACUUUGGUGUUCUUUGCUUUCAGAGUAAAAACACCCAUACAUGUACGUGACCACCAAAAAUGCCAAAAGUUAGGGGUCGCUAAUGGGAGCUGGUCGCAUAUGAGACUCUGACGCAUCUGAAUGUCGCUAAAAUGGCCUCUGAAAUAUGUAAUGCACUAAAAAACAUAGACAAUAUACACGUAUUAAAAGGAUAUACUUCGCUACCUUAAUUUACUGAUGGAUCACAUAACCCACUUAACAUCCGGGGGCGAUAAAAUAAUAGGGAGUUUAAGCAAAAGCGUUUUUGAGUGACGCACGUCAACCGAGGCUAAAAAAGUGUAUUGCUUUGCGUCUUUGCUUUUUUUUUCUCAUAUUGAUGAUUUUGCGGAGAAUUUGGGCAAAAACACUGCUUAAAAGUAGUUAACUAUGAAACUGAGUGAAGCACAUCCUCGGUUAAAUUUUAUUACACAUUUAUCCUUGAUCACUGAUCUACAUAAAAAAAAAAUAAGGGAACGGGCCCCCGGGCCCCUCCCGGGAUCCUCUACUGCAAAUAACCAGGAACUAAAUAUAUCGGCCCCUACCCUGAGAAUACUUUAAAAUCUUGUUAACAAAUCAGUUACGUCUUUCGUAGAUUUGAACUCGGCUCUGGGCCCGCUGUACUACAAUCUCUGUCUCCAGUCAACGACAGCCAAUGGCACUCCAUCAAGGUUUACAGGUAACAAACUUUUUCAACUACAAUCUUGAAAUAAUAGUUCCUACAUCUCCGUAUUCUAGAUGCGUUACAUUUGAGGAACAAGGAAGGGCCCGAGAAUUAACUCCCUGACUGUCAACCAUGAAAAAAAUUUUAAUCAAUUAUUGAUUUCGGCUUCUAUGUAAUAUGAAGCAGCACUGACUGCGUGAUGUCAUCCCUCCGAUAUUUUAAUUACUAGAUUAGUGACGUCUGUCGUUUUAAUUUCGUAGGAGUUUCAGUGAGGGUUCCCUUAAAGUUGAUAAUCAUGAUCACGUAAAUGGCACCUCGGCUGAGGGAAGCAAAGGGCUGAAUAUUAACCAAGGUUAUAACAUAUUUAUGGGUAAGUGCAUUGUAUAUCGUUAUCUUAUCAGUCAUCCCUACGAUCAGAAUGGGCAGUCCGAAAUAUCUGAAUUUCAUAUAUUUGAACUGCGGGAAGAAGAAACAAAUGCAGACAAGAUCAUCAAUACACAACUCAGUUGCAAAAAGAAAGCCUGAAUGCCCGUAUUCGACCCCUGACUUCUGCGAUACCGGUGCAGUGCUCUUACCUAUUAAGCUAGCAAGCAGACUGGGUGUGGAUGGUCGGUUAGUAUUAUCUAAAAGUCUAGCUCCUUUAUCAGUGUUCAGGAUGUUUAAUAAUGUAGAAGAUUUUUUUUUUCAUUUCAACAGGAGAUAAUUCGAGCUAUAACCUAUAUUAUUUUAAUGUUUUUUUCCUCUUAUUUCCAAUAGGAGGGGGUGAAAAUAUCGCAAAAAUGACACAUGGAAAGUUUAAUACUGGUUUUAGGGGUUGUAUAAAGAAUAUAUUUUUCAAGGACAGAGGCAUGGACCUCCAGGGUGACGCUAUUCGCGGCUGGAAUGUCCUACCGUGCGACAGCGACGAGGCAGAGCCAUGA